AUGGGACCGGGGGAUUCUUUAGUGAAACAUAAAGAGAAAGACACUGUAACAGGGGAGGGGAGUGGAGCUAUGAGGUGGACUGGUGUGGUAAGGACAGGCCUGGUGCUGGAGGAUGCAGGGCAAAUCUCAUCAGGAGGUGGGGAGGGUAAUAGAGGAGAUAGAUUGGAGGUGCCUCAGGGUACCACGUUGGCUAGUAUGUUGGAACAGGUUCGAAACUCAGGGGUAGUUCCAAUUAGAGCGGGAGGACUAGGUUUGAUGGGAGAUGAUGUGGACAUGAAAAUCAAUGAAGCAUGGGAGCAGGCGUUUGAUGAAGAGUUUACAGAAGAAAAAAGAGAGGAAGGGGAGCGAAGAGAGCGUUGGGGGAUAUAA